UGUGUUUUUCUGGGAGCUGUUGUGGACGUCCUUUACAUGAGGGGACUGCUGUCACGCUGCUGUCCAACAGAGGGCAAAGUACAAGCAUUGCUCUGACUGCAUGUCAUUGCUUCUCUCCUGCUCUCCUUCCUCCCUCCUACUGCCAAGUCUCCACCUUGUUUUUUAUACCAGUCACUCACACACUCUCACUCAUCUGUUGACCCAGAGCUCUGACUUCACCGUCCUCCUUCCUGCAGCCAGGUGACCCAUGAACUAAAACCCGUCAUGGAGGAAGAACGUCAGAUCGAUCUGACGUACGUCACCGAGCGCAUCAUCAGCAUCCUCUGUCCCACUGGGUGUCCUGAGGACAUCUACCUGCAGAACCUGAGAGAGAUUGUCCCCAUGCUGCAGUCCAAGCAUGGACACAACCACAUGCUCAUCAACCUGUCCCAGGAGAGCCACAUUCUUACACAAAUGAACCACAAGGUUCUGAACACAGGCUGGCUGGAUCUCCACGCUCCCGGCUUGGAUCAGAUCUUCAGUGUCUGUAUGGCCAUGGAGGACUGGCUGCAGGCUCAUCCGAAGCACGUCCUGGUGCUACACAGCAGGGGAGAUAAAGGCCAACUUGGAGUUCUUCUAGCAUCAUACAUCCACUUCAGCAACAUGGCCGCCAGUGCAGACCUCUCUCUGGACCACUUUGCUAUGAGGAGGUUCUACAACGACAAGCUGUCUACUCUGAUGACUCCCUCACAGAAACGGUACGUCUGGAUGCUGGGCGGCGUGCUGAAACGGGGACUGAGGAUGAGUCCCUCUCCGUCCUUCCUCCUCUGCGUCGUUCUUCAUGGUCUCCCAAAAAUAAGAGCAGAUGGAGGGUGCUGCCUGUUCCUGAGAGUCUACCAGAGUCUGCAAGCUGUUUGCACUUCAGCAGUUUACCACGUCAGCGCUGCUCAGAAGGACCGGAUCUACUUUGUGCUUCAGCCAGCUCAGCUGCUAAAGGGUGACAUCAUGGUCGUGUGUUAUGACAUAAACAUCCAGUCGUCCAGCCGCCGGGUCGUCUUCCGUCUCCAGUUCCACACGGGUCUCCUGCUCGGACACUCCCUCUCGUUUUCCAAGGUGGACCUGGACUGCGCCUGCGCAGAUCCUCGGUUCCCAGAUGACGGAAAAGUGGAUCUGUUGUUUUCCGAGAGCCCUGACGGGAUCACAGGUAGGGAGCUGUGGCACAACGGGAACGCCGUCACCAUGGACUACGACACCCUGGACCCUCUGGUCAGACGAGACUCUUACCAGGACUUGUUUGGUCUCCAGUCAGUUCCUGCUCCCAUCCUGGAACCUGGAAAUGAAAGUUUGCAUUCCAAAGUGAGGAAGAAGAGCGCUGAAGAAGCAGCUCCGUCACCCCUGACCACCGGCAUUCCGAGCUACAGCGACAGAGUUCCAUCGGCCAGCAGCGACUCCGGCCUUUCCGUUGCCUCGCAGGGCCGGACCGGAGCCAGGCAGAGGACCGGGGCCUCGCUGGACAACUGGACCCAGGUUGGGAGGCUGAUAUCUGGGCUGGACUCUGAAGCGACUCAUUUUCUUCUGGAGGUGAUGACUGAACUUGCUUCGUCCUGCCAGGGUGGAGGAGACCUGGCUGGAGACGAGUCUGGACCGGGGAACACCAUCAACGGAGGCGCUUCGCCCAACGAGAGGGAGACGGACAUCCUGGAUGAUGAGGAUGAAGGAGGAAUACGUUCUGCUUUGGAGAUUCCAAGCCCGAGUAGCAUUUGCUCACUGUCAUCUGAAACCCCGCUGGAAGCUCAGAGACCUACCAGAACAGAGUUCUCCACCGAUUCCUGGGUGAGGCAGCAGCAGUCGGUGGAAGGCGUUUUUCUUCCUGUGGGUGGAGCAGCAACGCUGAAGAAAGAAAGACCGCCACCUCUGGUUGCUCCUGACACGCCGCCUCGAGGACUAAGCAGCAGGGAAGCAGUGCAGAGAGGGACCAACGUACAGUCUACAGCCUCAUGUGGGCAGGAAGACGAUGUGGCCUCACUAGCUACAGACAUCGAUGAGUCCAUAGAGCAGCUGAACCAGCUGAUUCUGGACUUGGAUCCCACUUUUGUUCCUGUUCCGACCCGCUGUUCCGCCCUGUCCCGUUCCGCCUCCCUGCAGACCAACGGCGUCAGCCACAAGGGCCAAAACCUUCUGUCAGGGUGGAAACAGCAGAAGCAGACCAGCGACAUGGCGGACUACGGCGGCCCUCAGAGUCCAGGAUGGAGAGGAGGUGGAGCUCAGAGCUUUAAGGGUUCCUCAGCUGACAGCAUCUCCUUCUCAUCCUCUCAGCGUGGACAUCUCUACAAAACGAACAGUGUGGACUACUGCAGCCAGAUGGACAGUUCUGACGCCGUCCCCCCAACGCCAGCCUUCCCCGUGUCUCCGCCAACGCCCUAUGUGAAACAUUUCUCUGCGUUUUCCCAGCUUGGAGCUGACGGGCAGUGGGAUCAGCACAGCUGGACACAAGAUUCCCGGAGUUUCCUGGAUGGGAUGAACCUCGGAGGAGGAUCCACAGAAGGAGAGAUGUUCGGAUCAGAUGUGCCUGUCGCUCCCGCCUCCGUUCAAAGGAUCUUUGGCUCCAUGUGCUCAGUGUCAUCAGGCAGCCCCCUCCCACACACAGACAGAUCUAUGUCUCCUGGGUGGCACAACCAAACUCCAAACUCCCUGAACUCCCCCUACCUGCCCCAGCCUUCACCCCCCCACCCUCUCAGCUCUCCCAACGCCCACAGUUCUCCUCGGGGAGCAUCGAGGGGCCAGCUAGGGAGCUGGGGCAUCCACACUGGGGCCGACAGUGUGGACUUGACCUCGUUGUUGUUGGGGAACAGCGGCUUGGACCACGGCCUGCUGGAUGCCGUGGACGGCCUCGAGAGUCUAAGUCUCGGGGGAGACGUGGGACUCGUUCCUCUGCUUCCUGAGAAGAGGAAAGCGGGUGAGGUGGGGGAGCUCGUUUCACUCUCCUCGUCUGUGAGCGGGUGUUACACUCCUCACAGUGAGAGCAGCCUCAGCAUCAGAUUUUCAUCCUCCAUGACCCCCGACCCACUCGGAGGCGCCCCGUCACCCGGAGCAGACUCCAGCAGUAAGCAGGACACUGUGAAGUUUGUUCAGGACACUUCGAAGUUCUGGUACAAGCCCGACAUUUCCAGAGACCAAGCCAUCGCCGUGCUGAAAGACAAGGAGCCGGGCUCGUUCGUGGUGCGGGACAGCCACUCGUUUCGCGGGGCGUACGGAUUGGCCAUGAAGGUGGCCACGCCUCCUCCAUCUGUGAUCCAGCACAGUAAAAAAGGAGGAGACCCGUCCAACGAGCUGGUGAGACACUUCCUGAUCGAGUGCACGGCUAAAGGAGUUCGUCUUAAAGGCUGCCCCAACGAGCCGUACUUUGGAAGUCUGACGGCUCUGGUGUGUCAGCACUCCAUCACCCCCCUGGCUCUGCCCUGCAAACUCAUCCUGCCGGACAGAGAUCCGCUGGAAGAGCUGAUCGACCCGUCUUCUCAGACUGCAACGAACUCUGCAGCUGAACUUCUCAAACAGGGCGCAGCGUGUAACGUGUGGUACCUGGGGUCCGUGGAGCUGGAGUCGUUGACGGGUCAGCAGGCGGUGCAGAAGGCGAUCACGCUGACGCUCGCCAUGGACCCCCCGCCUCCCUCCACCGCCGUCCACUUCAAAGUAUCGGCUCAGGGAAUCACACUCACAGACAACCAGAGGAAGUUGUUCUUCAGGAGACACUACGUCGUCAGCAGUGUGAUUUUCUGCUCUUUGGACCCACAGGGAAGAAAGUGGACAAGAGGCAGCGAUUCUUCUGCAAAAAUAUUUGGAUUUGUAGCCAGAAAGUCUCAGAGUGACACAGAAAAUGUUUGCCACCUGUUUGCUGAACAUGACCCCGAGCAGCCAGCGAGCGCCAUCGUCAACUUCGUUUCAAAGGUUAUGAUCGGCUCGCACAAGAAGUGAGGGAUGAGGAUGGGAGUCGGGAUCGGAGAGAUGCUCCCACCAUGAUUCCGCUUCCGCAAGAAAGAACUAGAAACUGAUCCUGGAUCUUUUUGGUCCUUCCUGCAGAAUGAACUCUGCCUGCAAUGCAGGCUGCUGCCACCAGAUGGAGCCACGCUCUAAUGUAUAGAGAAAGCAGAAAACAUUUAUUUCUGGAACUUUUGUUAAAAACACAAAAAAAGGGUAAUUUUUCUCAGAUCUUAUGCAGCAAAAGUACGUUUUUGCCACAGAAGGCCCUACUAACACUUGUAAAUCUCUGACUAACUGAACCAUGAACACAUACUAAUACUUUUUCUAUUUUGGUUUCAAAUACAAUUGAUAUUAGAAAACAAAACUGUUCAAUAAAUUAAAAUUAUAUUUACAUAUUUAGAAAACAGAUUCAAUUGUGUUUUAUAUUUAUCCCUCAUUUGGAAAAAUAUUUUAUUUUAAAUGUACCUGUUUCGUAUUUUUGUAUAUUAGAAUAACAUGAAUUUAUCUUGCAUAUUGUAUUAAGAGCCACUGCUUAACAUGUAUUUGUUGUGUCACUAAUACGGUUGUUAAUGAUGUCUUUUCUUUAUUAAAGUUUGCCACAUUG